UUUAGCUAGCUAUCAGUUCCUCGGUUAGGGUUUCGAGCUGGGGCUGGAUGUGGAUGGAAGUAGAAGAUUAAAACUGUUAAAAUGGUGAAAUCAGUUUACGGAGUGGAUAAAGAGAAGGUUGUGAUAUUUAAUUAGGGGAUGUCAUUAAUGUACAAUGUGAAAUAUUUGUUUUACAGUUAGCUAGCUAGCUCAGUUAGCUAAUAAACCGUGUUAGGAUCUGACUAGCGCGUGCUGCUUUUAGAGAUAAAUACCUGUUUAUCUGUUUAUCUUACUUUUUCAACUAAAAUGUCAUUAAAUUAUUGACUUUUUUUUUUUUUUUUUUUUUACCAAACUGUAAAUAUUAUUUUUGGCUGAUAGUUUAAAUGCUUAAACUAUUUUCGAGUUUGCUAUACACAAACCAUACACAAUAUAUAAUAUAUAUAUAAUAUAAACAUAUAUAAUAAUAAUAAGUAUUAGUUAGUGUAAGUGUAGGUGAUUUAGUGUUAGUUUUUUCCUUUUCCUUCUGAUCAUCAUCAUGGCUGCAGAACUUCAAGCCAAAUACACCAAACUGGCUCAAGAGUACUCCAAGCUCCGAGCUCAGAAUCAGGUGCUGAAGAAGGCUGUGGUGGACGAGCAAGCUAGUUCGACUGCCUUGAAGGAGGAGGUGAAGCAGCGUGAGCAGAGCCUGCGUAAAGCUGAGCAGGAGAUGGACAGCCUGAACUUCAGGAACCAGCAGCUGGCCAAAAGAGUGGAGCUGCUGCAGGAGGAGCUGCAGGUCACUGAGGCGAAGAGUAAAAAGGGCAAGAAUAAAGGAGAUUCGCCGUUACAGCCCAGUUACCAGGCACAGAGCGUGUUUGACGAGGACCUGCAGAAGAAGAUUCAGGAGAACGAAAGGCUUCACAUCCAGUUCUACGAGGCGGACGAGCUGCACCGCCAGCAGGAGGCUCGUCUCCGAGUGAGACUGGAGCAACUGGAGAAAGACGGCGAGCAGCACCAGGCUGUCGUAGACGGUCUCGCCUCCAAGUACACGGAUACCAUCGAGAAACUACAGAGCGACAAGGCUCGCCUAGAGAUGAAGGUUCAGACGCUGGAGAGGGAGGCGAAAGAGUGUCGGAUUAGGGCGGAGGAAUGCCAGCAACAACUGAGGAAAUAUCAGACGGAGCUGAGCACACAGCUGAAACAAAACAGCAGUGUCAUCCAGGAGAAAGUGCCGUUCAAUGACACCAAAUACAGUGACUACAACAGCUUGAAUGUUCCCACUCACAACAGAAGGCACCAGCUAAAAGCUCGAGAUACAGCAGGCCAGGCCGUGGGCUUUGUCCAGGAUCUCGUCUCCGCCCUCCUCAACUUUCACUCGUACACAGAGCAGAGGGUUCACAUUUAUCCCCUGGACUCAUCCAUUGAACCUGUCUCACCUCUUAAUCAGAAGUUCUCUCAGUAUCUGCAUGAGAACGCGGCCUAUGUGCGCCCCCUGGAGGACGCCAUGUUGCAGCUGCAUCAGAGCAUUACAGAGGACACGGUUACGGUCCUGGAGACGGCGGGGAAACUGCAGGACUUUUCCAAAUCCUUUUCCACCUACACAAGCUUUCUGCAGAAGAUCUUGCCUUAUCAGCUAAAAAGUUUGGAGGAAGAGUGUGACGUUCCUCUCUGCACCGCGUCUUUGAGCGCUAAGAACCGUGAGCUGCAAAGCGAUAUGAAUAGAUUAACCGCUGUGUUCGGGAAGCUGCAGAACUACAUCCGUGUCUUGGCCUUACCCAGUGAGCGAUCGGACGCCAUGCCUCAGAGCAGCUCCAGCGCAGUCUUCACUCAGCUUGCUGCAGGUUUACACGGCCUACACGAUGUCACCAAGGAGCUCUCCAGGCACUAUAGUCAGAAGGUGGCCUUUGAGCAGGAGCUACCCAACAUCACUCAGAAGCUGCGCACCACUAAUGAGUGUUUACUCUCCUCUCUGGCCUGCCUCAACAAUCACACAAACAAGAUUGCAACGUUCUUUAGCAACAAUCUGGACUUCUUCACCUCAUCAGCCGGGUAUGGACCGAAAGGCGGAACCGAAAGUCUGAACCCGCAGCAGGCACACAGCAUGCUUAGUAACAAAAAGCACGCAUCCGGCUACAUGCUCGCACUCCGGAGGCCACGCCCCGAGUCCGUCCCUUACACUGAGGCUCUGUCGAACCGCCGCAUCCUCACCAGCUCCACCGAGAGCAGAGAGGGCCUCAUGCAGCAGGUGCAGCAGAGUCAGGAGAAGAUCGCUCGUCUGGAGCAGGAGAAGGAGCACUGGCUGCUGGAGGCUCAGCUGGGCCGAGUACGCCUGGAGAAGGAGAACCAGCGCAUCGCCGAGCUGGAGGCCAGGCUCUCCUCGUGCCUCGGAGGGGGCCCCGCUGCACCCACACACACCGAGGCGGGGUCUGAGGAACCAAAUGAGCUGAGGACAGACGAGAAAAUGGAUGGAGAGGCGUCCCAGAGCACCAGUUUGAUUGGAAUGUUUUCCACAACCCCAAUUAACGAGAGUGUUGGAGAUGAGGAGUCUCGGGAGCACCUGAUUAAAACCCACUACAUGGCGCGAGUCGCAGAGCUCACCACGCAGCUACAGACGUCCGACAGCAAGGCCGUGCACUUUCACGCCGAGUGUCGAGCGCUGGCGAAACGUCUGGCCAUCGCGGAGAAAACUCGCGAGACUCUCAUAGAGGGGAUGAAGCAAGCUACUCGGAACAUCACGUCCCUUCAGGAUGAACUGAGCACGACCAAGAGGAGCUAUGAGGACCAGCUGAGUAUGAUGAGCGAUCAUCUGUGCAGCAUGAACGAGACCCUGAGCAAGCAGCGCGAGGAGAUCGACACACUCAAACUAGGGAAUAAGGGAAACUCCAAGAAGAACAAGGGCCGGUAGUUUGGAGUCACUCAGCCUCGGUGUGAAUGAAGGAGGAUGUUCUGAGACCAGGCAGAUUUCUUUAAACGCACAGCACACGCAUACACACACACACACGUACACGGAGGUGUGACGUCCUGCUCUGAUCAGAUAUAACUCACCAAAACAUAAUUCGCUGACUAGAAUUAAAACUAGGACGCAUAAACAGAAUCCUGAAGCACAUUGUUAACGGUAUAGAAAAACAACUUUAAAGGUGCGGUCAGUUGAAAUCGCCUCUUCUUGACGUCUCCGCUCUCCAUAAGAGUCAAAUUUCUUCUUUUUUAUUAUUAUUAUUAUUAUUAUCUGAGAUUGUGCUUUACUGAUAACACUGACGGAAAUAGUUUGAAGUUUUACAAUGUCGGCAAAAUCACUUACCACACCUUUAAUAGCGUUCAUUUUACUAAAUGUUUUUUUUACUACAUUGUUUUGAUGAACAGCUCAAGAUUUAAAUCGAUCCUCCUUACACGUCAGCUUCAUUAAGUGUUUUUACGGAUAAAACAACAAUCACGAUGCAGUGAUCAGUCAUUUCUUUUCCUCCACUGCUAAUACAUACGCAGUGAUUUCUCGUGAUGUGAAAUCUGUUAAUUAAACACACACACACAAUGACAUUAGACUCGGUUAGGAGCGUGUUUCGUCCAGAGAGUCUGGUGCUGAUUGCUGUCCUCGCGUUGUGACUUUUAUAGCUAGAACGUUUCCUCAUGUCUCGUAGCUCUCCGCACAAUUAUUUAGAUGUAUUAUGCAACCUGAGUAACAGAUCACACAUACACACACACACACACACACACACACACACACACACGUUUAUACCCCACUUUGUAAACAGAUGUUAAUCUGGUACCGGAGACUCGUCCGUACCUCAGUAGUACUUAAGCACGUAGCCGGAGAUGACGUCGAGAGCUGUGAAGGUGAAAGCUCUGACUCUGAUUAGCUGUGAAUGCUAAACCAUUAUAAUAAAUAUGCACUGCGCAGAAAUGUUUUGCGACGAAAAAAAACAAACAAACAAAAUGUUAAUGUGAAUUAUAUUCAGUUUAUAUCACGUCUUGUAUGUUUUUUUUUUUUUAUUUGUAUUUUUAUUUCUUCUAUCACCUUUUUCUAUCACUUUUAUACGAUGGCUUUCUUUCAGUCAGUGUUGCGUAAAAUUUAUGUUCAGAAAGACGAACACCGAGGAAAAACUGACACCCCGUUUUAACCGUGGUUAUACACGAUUAACAAAUCGUUAAUUUUUUUAAACAAAUUGUCGUGAAUCUUAGACCGUUUGUAAAUAUCCACGUCGUUACGUCUCUUCAAGUUUACAACUGUGUUUUUUGUAUUUUUUUUUCUCAGAGAAAGAAUUGGUGCGUUUAAUUAAUUAAUCUCCUUCACUUACUGAUCGCAGACCAAAACCAAUGUACAUUAAAUGUGACAUAACAAUAAACAAGUGUAGUGAAA